UUCUGAGUGCGCAUGUCAGUGGGCUUGUAGGAUAAACAAGAGCUGCAUGACCUAAAGCUACCGCACAGAUCACAUUCAAAAUCGCUUUCAGCCCUACUAGGCGCAGCCAUGGGCAAGUCUCUGUCUCACCUGUCGAAGCACGGUUCCCACGACGACAGCCAGGACAGCCUGACGUCGUGCCCGGACCCGGGUGACGAUGGCAAGGGAGGGGACGUCUCCCAGUUCCCCUACGUGGAGUUCACCGGCCGGGACAGCGUCACCUGCCCCACCUGCCAGGGCACAGGACGCAUCCCACGAGGUCAGGAGAACCAGCUGGUGGCAUUGAUUCCCUACAGUGAUCAGCGGCUAAGGCCCAGGAGAACUAAGCUGUACGUGACCGCGUCAGUGCUGGUGUGUCUGCUGAUCUCCAGCCUGGCUGUCUUCUUCCUGUUCCCGCGCUCCAUUGACGUCUCCUACGUUGGGGUCAAGUCCGUGUACGUCACCUACGACCAGACCAAGCGCAUCGUCUAUCUCAACAUCACUAACACUCUGAACAUCACCAAUAACAACUACUACUCCGUGGAGGUGGCUAACGUCACGGCUCAGGUGCAGUUCUCCAAGACCGUCAUCGGCAAGUCUCGCAUCAGCAACAUCACCACCAUCGGACCGCUGGACAUGAAACAGAUUGACUACAUGGUUCCAACGACUAUAGCAGACGAGAUGAGCUAUAUGUAUGACUACUGCACCCUACAGACCAUUAAGGUGCACAACAUCGUCGUCAUGAUGCAGGUGAUGGUGACGACGGUGUAUUUCGGCCACGCGGAGCAGGUCUCCCAGGAGAUGUACCAGUAUGUGGACUGCGGGGGCAACACCACCUCUCUGCACGCCCACCCCUCCUCCCUGGGGGGCCUGCCCCCCCACUAGUAACCACGGCAACCAGAGGAUGCCCACUCCCCACCCCAACACAUCUCAGCCCACCACACUUGCUCCUGUAAACAUGGAAAGCAUCCCAUAUAGAAGUACACACGCACACACACGUACACGUACACACACACACAAUUUCCAUGAGUGAUCCCACUAACAAGCACAUACUUCACUCCACACACAUCACUCUCCACUAACACACACACACACACACACACACACACACACACACAGGAAGCCUUUUGCGGAUGGUCUGCUGCUUCCCAUCUCCUUUCCUCCCCCUGAUUGUGACUCACUCUCCUGACCUGGAUCUCCCCCAUACCCGGGCCGGAUGCCAGCCUGAAGCAGGCCGGAUCUCAGCAGGAGAGUGAGAGUGGAUCUUGUGACUGGGCUAAGACUCUAAAUCAUGUGUCUGCAUCCUAGGCCACACAUCCUAGCACCCACCCCACAAAAAAAAAUGAUAUGGAGCAUCUGACGCGUAUAGAUACACACACAUGCACACGCACACACAUCUCACUGCACUUUAAUGUCGGAGUCCCCAGUCGUUGCGUAAUUCCAAGGUGUCCCCAUGAACAUUCUCAGUGCCACUUUGUCCCAAGCGACACCCCCCCACACCCCCCCCGCCCCCCUUCCCAGGCUGUGUGUGCUUGCGUGCGUACUGUAUGUGUGUGCGUGCAUGUGUUCAGGUUUCCUACGUGUGUCUUUCAAUACAGCCCUGCUGUGGAUGGUAGUUCUCUAAGCUAGAAAGUCAGGAUUCUUGUAGACUUGACUACACCCACCCGGCCUAUGGUCCAGCUCCGGGGCAGAGUCUGGUCCUGUGGCCUCUUGGUUCUCUCUCCCCCACUGUUCCAAUUAUGACAUCACCAUCGCCAUGGAGAUGACCUCUGACCUCCUGCAUAAGCUUGGUCACAGGUGUCGGCAUAGGUAGAUUUUAGACUGAAGUUGAAGAGAGUUGAUCCCAAGGGGACAUUAGAAUUGUGGGUCUCUGCUCUCCACGCCCUCUCUGCUGAUUUCCAGUAUUUAUGUUAGUAUGACCUCACUUGUUUCUCUUACCUCAGUGCAAACUUCUACCCAGCAGUGCAAAGCCCUGCCCCUCCUCAGAACAUUUCUCACUAUGACGAUGACCUAUGACCUUCAUUGAUCUAGUGCUCUAGUAGGAUCUCAUGUUUUCCGUUACCUCUCUGCAGACUUCCUCACGCCCCCUAAAUCACCAUCCCAGCCCGUAGUGCAUGAUCGCCCAUCACGACGACCUGUGACCUCACCCGACAGUGUUCUAGAAUGACCUUGCGUGUCUUUUGUUACCUCACUACACCCCAGUGGCACUACCCCACACCUCCUCCUCCUCCUCCUCAGACGAUCAUUACCACAUUACCAUGGCACAUGGCUUUGUUGAUUGUGUUCUAGAAUGGUGGUAUGGGGUUCUAGAAUGCCCCCAAUAACACCCAGCCCUACCCCUCUCCAUCAGCCCUCAACUUCCAUCAUGCCUACCCUAUGUUGACCUCUUCCUCUGUCAUUGGAUAAAAAUCAAAACACCCCUGCAGUGGUUGCGCCCUCUAUCGCCCCCUUGUGGUGUUACCAAGAACAUUCCUGCUCGCCACCUCCAUUUGUUAAAGAAAAAAAAAACCUUGACCUCCCAUCAGUCCCUGCAAGUCAAGACCGACACAGCUAGUUCCGAAAGUAGCCAAGUGAGACUGCCCAGUCCAGCCUGGUCAAGCACUAUCCCCCUCCCAUGAAAAAUAAGAAGAGUUGGACUGCUGUAAAAGUCCCAAUGAUUAGAACCCCGACCCACAAAUAUGUGGUCCAAUACUACAAAAACACAACAGGGAAAGGUCUAGAAUCAAGGAUGGUCCAGUUUAAAUCCAGUGAGACACAGCGCUUGCUUCUACUGAAUCUGAGGGAUUGUGCUGGGUCCAACCGCAUCGGGUUAAUGCAAAAGUGGUACCCACAAAACAAGGGAUGGACCUAUGAACUUGGACUGACUCAAACUAAAAGCUACAUUUGAUGGUGAAUAUAGAUAACUAGCCGUUUAGAGUUAGGUGGGUUCAAAUCUGUUUAGUUUAAUACUGCAUUUUUAACAUGGUUUGUACAAAAUGUUGUGAAAAAAAUAACAUUUUUAAAACAUUUUUAAUGGAAAAAUAUGUAAAAAGCUUUAGAAAGGUAUAUUGAGUGCUAGAAAAGUACAUUGUCUUGAUCCUUCUAAUCAACCUACUAACUACGUGUGAGGUGAGUGUAUGUGUGUGUGUGCGCGCGUGUGCGUGUGUGUGUGUGUGUGUCAGUCACCUUUCACCUUUCACCUUUCACAUGAGUCUAUCUGAAAGCACUUUAUGCUAAAAUGAAACAAAGUGGAUGUCUGCUUUUUAGAAUGAUUAUUUUGAAUCAUGGACUUGCACUGUUGCUCCCCCUCUCCCCUUUGAAGCGUUUGUCCAUGAUCUAAGAUCUCUGUCCUCUAGUAUCCAAUCUGUGUUUUUUUUUCUUGUUAAUUUUCAUCAAAUUGGACGUUUUAUUAGAUGUCCACCUUCAGAAAGAAAAGCUGAUUGGGCUGCCCCUGUGCUGAUUGAGGCGAGUAGUCGUGUAAAUAUGUAGAUUUGUACCUGUGCCUGACUGUGCGUUUGUAUAACUCGUGUGUUUGAUUUUUUUUUUUCCCUUCCUUUUAUCCUUAGCUGUGGUAAGAAGGGUUUUUCUUUUUCUUUUUCUUUUUUUUUUUGGAGAGUUGAUCUUAUCCUCGUCUAUAAAGAGUCUGAGAAGUUCUGAUAAUGUUUUUUUUUUUGUGUGCGUUUCUUUCCUUUCCAUUUUUUCUCUGAAACGUUUUUGUUUCUUCCGAGCAUGAAUUAAAGUUGAAAUGGAA